CCCACAUCCCCUUCAUUCCAAAAUCCAUUAUUUUCUCUUCCCUUAACAACACAAAGGGGAUUUCAAAUGGGAAUGCCACUUUCUUUUCUUCUCCUUCUUACUCUAUUAUCUCCUAUCUUCACAUUCUCCUCUCAUGUUCCUGACCCUGAAGUUAUAGUCCAACAAGUUAAUGAGAAAAUCAAUGCAUCAAGAAGGAACUUAGGGUAUUUAUCAUGUGGAACAGGCAAUCCAAUUGAUGAUUGUUGGAGAUGUGAUCCUAAUUGGGAAAAAAACAGACAAAGACUAGCUGAUUGUGCAAUUGGCUUUGGUAAACAAGCAAUUGGUGGUAAAGAUGGUAAAAUCUACAUAGUUACUGACACUAGUGAUGAUCCAGUAAAUCCAAAGCCAGGAACAUUAAGAUAUGGUGCAAUUCAAGAUGAACCACUUUGGAUUAUAUUUUCUAGAGAUAUGGUUAUUAAGUUGAAAGAAGAAUUAAUGUUGAAUUCAUUUAAGACAAUUGAUGGUAGAGGUGCUAGUGUACAUAUUGCUGGUGGUCCAUGUAUAACUAUACAAUAUGUUACAAAUAUUAUAAUACAUGGAUUAAAUAUUCAUGAUUGUAGACAAGGUGGAAAUGCUUAUGUUAGAGAUUCACCACAACAUUAUGGUUGGAGAACAAUAUCAGAUGGAGAUGGUGUUUCUAUAUUUGGUGGAAGUCAUGUUUGGGUUGAUCAUUGUUCUUUGUCAAAUUGUAAUGAUGGUUUGAUUGAUGCAAUUCGUGGUUCUACUGCCAUUACUAUUUCCAAUAAUUAUAUGACACAUCACAACAAGGUAAUGCUUUUGGGACAUAGUGAUUCAUUCACUAGAGACAAGAAUAUGCAAGUUACCAUUGCUUUUAAUCAUUUUGGAGAAGGGCUUGUGCAAAGGAUGCCAAGAUGUAGACAUGGAUAUUUCCAUGUGGUGAAUAAUGACUACACUCAUUGGGAGAUGUAUGCAAUUGGAGGAAGUGCUUCUCCAACUAUCAAUAGUCAAGGCAAUAGAUUCCUUGCUCCUAAUGAUAUCUUCAACAAGGAGGUGACAAAACAUGAGGAUGCAGCAGAAAGUGAAUGGAAGAAUUGGAAUUGGAGAUCAGAAGGUGAUUUAAUGCUUAAUGGAGCAUUUUUCAUAAGAUCUGGUGCUGGAGCUUCUUCAAGUUAUGCAAAAGCAUCAAGUUUAAGUGCAAGGCCAUCUACUUUGGUUAAUUCUAUUACAAUGAAUGCUGGUGCACUUGGUUGCAAAAAGGGCAAAAGAUGCUGAUUAAUAUGUAUAUGAUUAUUAAUAAUCUUAAUUAGCACUAUAUGCUCUUUUUUCCAAGUGUAUUGUUGAGAAAUUGUGAAAUAUUAUAAUCUCUCAGUUAAUUAUAUACCAUGUAGUAUAUAAAAAAAAAAUGGAUGAUGAAGGACAGGUUGAUGAGUUUGUAACUUGACUUCCCCUCUCAUUGUAAUGUUAUGUGAUAAUCAAGGAUCAAGUGUGAAUACUACUACCACAUUUCAACUAGAA